CGGCGAAGACAUUUAGAGGCGCGAAAUUUCUGUAUGUUAUGCUGUUAAUUUGGUUUCUUCUACCAUAAUUUUAUUAAAUGAUAUUACCUUUCCGAGGAUUGCAAGCCAAAGAUGUCUAAGGACAUUCGCUCGUUUUUCAAGCCUCAAAAACCGAAAAAGGCUAAAACAGAGGAGGAUGUUGACGUUAUACCAGAAUCUCCUGAUGUAGCAAUUAAGAUUAAGAAAAGAGAAAACAGAAAGAAACGAGUGUUGAGUGACUCAGAUGAAGAAAUAUUUUCUACAAAAAAGAAAAAGUCAAAUGAAGAGCCCAAACAUAAGACACUCCCUAAAAAAGAACUCAAAGAAGUCAAAGCAGCAGAUAUCUUUGGUAGUGACCCCAUUAAAAGAACAGAGCCAAGUGUUCAAUCAGUCCAGAAGAAAACUGAAACUGGUAUUCAUUCUGAUGAUGAUUUUGAUAAAAGUCUAUUGGAACUUGAUAGCACUGAAGACUUAGAUCUGAAUAAUGUUAAAAAGGAGCCUACCUCAGUUAAAUCUAAGAAUAGUAAGUCACACAAAAGCCCGACUAAAGCAGAAACCAAUUCAGAUAUCAAUAAGAAGAAGACACCAGAAGUCAACUCUAUUAAUGGCAAUGGAAAUUUGUCUGCAGAAGACCAUGAAUCAGAAACAGGUUCAUCAAAAGCAAAAAAGAGACACCUUGAUUUAACGUCUGAGAACACACGUGAAUCAAAGCAAAAUAAAAUUGGGAAAUCAAAGCAAGAUGUUAAUAAAUCAAAGGAUAGUAAUAGUAGAAAUGAGAAUACAUUUACAAAUGACAAAGAUAAUUUUGAAGCAACAGACUCUGAACUAGAUUCAAGUCAAGUAAAGAGCAAGAGAAAACUUGAUCAGAGCCUAAAUGAGUCUGUUCUGACUGAUGAAGAGAGAUAUGAACGUAAACGACACUCUGCAGCAUUGUACCAAAAGUAUUUGAACAGGUCUGGACCUAAACAUUUGGGAGCUAAAACGAUUCCUGAGGGUACACCAAAUUGCUUAAAAGAUUGCGCCUUUUUGCUAACUGGUGUGUUGGACUCCUUUGAAAGAGAUGAGGUCGCUGAAGCUAUAACGAAACUGGGUGGAACUAUCAAAAACUCAAUCAGCAAAAAGGUUACACAUGUAUUGGCUGGAGAGGACGCAGGCCCGGCGAAACUUGCAAAAGCUCAAGAUCUAGGAAUUAAAAUAAUAAACGAGAAUGAAUUUCUGGAAUUGAUAGUGACCUUAUCCAAAGGAGACAAGACUGAGAAAACUAGAAUUAAAGAUGAAAUCAAGAAAGAAAAACAUUCUAUUCCUAAAUCAAAUAAGGAAAAACAUCAUACAGAAAAUAAAAAGAAUCAGAAAUCUGACACCAGUGAGAAAUCUGUAAAAGUUAAAACUAGCUCUAAAGAUAAAGAUAUCAAAAGCGAAAUCGUUGAUGUGAAAGUAAAAAUUGAAACAAAAAAAGAUCAAACCAAGUCUACUGAUACAGAAAGUAAAUCCAAAUUAAGCGUAAAUACUACUGAAAGUAAAAUAAAAGUGAAUUCUACUAAAGAUUCACAGGACAGCUCAAGUACUAAACCAGCCAUGGUGCAGUCUGCAAUGUGGGUUGAAAAAUAUAAGCCACAAUCACUCAAGCAAAUCAUUGGCCAACACGGGGAAGCUAGCAACGUUAAAAAAUUAUGUAACUGGCUUACCAAAUGGUACGUGAAUAGAAAAGCGAAAUUACCAAAGCCUAGUCCAUGGGCGAAGAAUGAUGACGGAGGAUACUACAAAGCAGCUCUGCUGUCGGGACCUCCGGGCGUUGGUAAAACAACGACGGUGACGCUGGUGUGCAAAGAGCUCGGGUUCGACAUGGUGGAGUUCAACGCGUCCGACACCCGGAACAAGACGCUCAUAAAGGAGCAGAUCGGGGAGCUGCUGACCACCACUUCCCUAUCCGGAUACGCCAAGGGAAUGACGGGCAAGCAAGCUGUUUCAAAGAAACAUGUUUUGGUAAUGGACGAAGUUGACGGCAUGGCUGGCAACGAAGACAGAGGUGGGCUCCAAGAGUUGAUAAGCCUUAUAAAGGCAGCAUCCGUACCCAUCAUAUGCAUGUGCAAUGAUAGAAACAGCCAGAAAAUGCGGUCGCUCGUCAAUUAUUGCUACGAUUUGAGAUUUAACAGGCCUCGAGUUGAUCAAAUAAAGGCGGCGAUGAUGUCAGUAUGCUGCAAGGAGGGUAUCAAAGUGCCGGGCGAGGCGCUGUCGCAGCUGAUCGUGGCCGCCAACCAGGACGUGCGGCAGACGCUCAACCUGCUGUCCAUGUGGGCCGUGGACCGAGACCGCGCCGACGCCGACCGCCUCGCGAGGGACGCCUCACAGACCAAGAAGGAUAUCAAACUUGGGCCCUGGGAAGCCAUACGCAAGGUGUUCUCCGCGGAAGAGCACAAGAGCAUGAGCAUCCACGACAAGAGCGACCUGUUCUUCUACGACUACAGCCUCGCGCCGCUCUUCGUGCAGGAGAACUAUCUGCAGGUCGCGCCGCACUGCCCCAAGCAUGAGGUCCUGGAGCGGCUGAGCAGGGCGGCGGACAGCAUCAGCGUCGGCGACCUCGUGGAGGCGAGGAUCCGCGGCAGCCAAGCCUGGAGCCUUCUGCCUAUCCAGGCGAUGUACAGCUCAGUGAUCCCCGGACACGCGAUGGCGGGCCACGUGACCGGGCAGAUCCAGUUCCCGGGCUGGCUCGGCAAGAACUCGCGCAAGAACAAGAUGCACCGCCUCUGCCAGGAGAUCCACGCGCACACCAGGCUCAGGACAUCCGGUUCCAAAUCAUCAAUAUUCCUGGACUACUGCACGCACCUGCGCGACGCGAUCGUGACGCCGCUCGUGCGAGACAAGGCCGACGGCAUCGCGCAGUCGCUGGAGGUGCUCGAGGCCUACCACCUGUUGAGGGACGACUUGGACUCCUUGACGGAAAUGUCGCUGUGGCCGGGCCAGAGGAACCCGAUGAUUCUUAUUGAUUCAAAGGUGAAAGCAGCCAUGACUCGCACAUACAACAAGAAAGCGAUGGCGCUGCCGUACGCGCCGGGCGCGGUGAGGCGCGCGCGCGCCGCCGACGCUGACGCCGACGGCGCGCCCGCUGACGACGACGCUGACGCCGACGCCGACGCCGACCAGCAAGAUGACAGCGACCCCGAGAAUGACCUCCUCAUUAAGAAAAAAAGACCAAUGAAAAAACCGGAGGUAAAAAAGAUGAAGCUAGUACCAGUAAAGACAAGCCUAGUUCGAGUAAAGGCAAGGGAAAGAAGAAGUAGUUCUCUAUAGUAAACACACCACAGAACCCACCUGAAGAUGUACCCAUUCCAUUUAUAGGACGUAUUGUAUAGUGUGCCGAGAUAUGGAUCGACCUAAUAAGUUUCAUGAUCUGUUCGGCCGAUAUUCCACUAUCAUAUGUUUAUCAUAGAAAUAUGAUCAUAAGGAUCAUGCCGUCCUUUUUCUUCACGUUGGAGAGAAAGAGAGACAUACAUACUUAUGAUCAUAUUUAUGAUAAAUAUAAUAUGAUAGUUGACUAUCGGCCGAAAUGGCAAUCGUUGAUGUUACGUGGCGAUCGGAAUGCAGUCGAGCUCUGGCACACCAGAAGACCAAUAGGGCUAUAGCUACGACAUGCUUACGAAGCGUAAACGAUCGUGACCUUGGCUAGAUACCUUGGCAUUCCAAGAAAUCGUAUAUUUAAUUAAGAAACAGUUUCGCCGAUACAACGCGCCAACAAUACUCGAUAAAGCAUGACACCAACAACGCGAUAGCAGCGCUUCUGCCUUCUCAUAGGCGGUAACUAUUUUACUAUUGACUGUUAUGUUUGGCUCAUUCAUUAAGUAAUCGUUUAUUGUUUUUAUUGUUAAUGCCGAUUCAUUUUAACACGACGAUAUCCAGUUUGAGCCAGCUAUCAAUCUGCUGCUGCUUCAUUAACACGGACACAAGACAGAUCAUGAGAUGGUGAAUAUUAGAACCUAUAGCAUAAGACAUAAAACAAAACCUAAUGAAUCAAUGACGAAGUAUCUUAACUUUUUUUUACUAUUUAUUUCCCCGGUUGCUAUGGACACGAAGUGUAAAAUGUACAGAAACGGCCAUAAAGAAUGCACGUCAGUUUUUCAUCUUAGUAGAGCGUUGUCUCUUUCUUGCUUGUGUGACGUUAAUUGUCUCUUUCCAAAGACCGAUGUGCAUUCUUUAUAGCCGUUUACUGUAAGUUGUAUGUUUUCGAGUAACGGUUAAGUGCACCAACACACUCAAAGAAGAAAAUGUAAAACAUCACAAAUAUAUUUUAGUUACAUCAGACGGAAAAUCGCUCUGUUUGGAGGAAUAAGGUUUUAAAAUCGUGAAGUAAAUCAAAUGCUCUUU